GCCACAAGUGGUGGUUUUGGCGCCGUGGCUCAUACACACAAACUACUAGUAUUUAUAAAGGAGUCAUACCCACCACCUAAACGAUGUCUGCCCGUCAUUUCCUGAAUUAUUUCUCUCCACUACCUGUAUGAAGCCUUGUGCAGCAGAGGCAACCCACUUGGAACCAUGUUUCCGGACGAUAUGCUCUCUGUACACAGCUUGAAGACCGUAUUGGUUGUGCUGGCCGGCUUCGUCUCCUGGAGGAUCGUAUACGCCCUCUUCCUGUCGCCAUUGCGCCGAAUUCCCGGUCCCUUGCUGUCCAAGUUGACAUACAAGUGGCUCCUCUUGGUCGAGCUGGCAGGCAAGAGGGCCAAGACGGUAGCGGCCCUCCAUGACCAAUAUGGACCCGUCGUGCAGCUUUCCCCAGGAGAGAUCAGCUUCAACGCCAUCGACGUCGUGGAGCAAAUCUACGGCCAGAACACCGAAUUCUCCAAGGCGCAAUGGUACAAGCACAUAGCCCGCGGUGGAGUCUUCAACGAGACGGACAUUUCCAUCCACAGGCACAAGCGCAAGAUGCUGAGUCACGUCUUUGCGCAGUCCAGCGUCAACGACAUGGAGCCCGUCAUCCGGCACGAGAUGCGCAAGCUGCUCGACAGGAUCGAGGAGCGGCGCCAGAGGGGACCGAUCGACCUGCGCCACUGGUUGCGCAUGCUAGCCUUUGAUGUCUCCACUAUGGUCUUCUUCGGCCAGGCCACUGGCGGCCUCGACAGCCAUCAGAUCCCGCAGUACGUCAAGGACUUUGACAACGCCUUCUUGAUCUGGGACCUGCGGGGUCGCUUCCCAACAGUCUCCUGGCUGCUUGCCAGGCUCCCGCUGCAGUCGGUCCAAUUCUUCUUCCAGUCGGAUGACCGCAUGUACGAAUAUGGGGAAAAGCGGUUUCAGCAAUACAUCGACAAAUACGGCCGGACGUCGCAGCGCAAAGACCUACUGACCAAGCUCAUACGUAAGGAGCCGGGACAGGACGAUGGUCUUACUGAUGAGCAGAUCUCGGGUGAGAUCGCCAACCUGACCCUCGCAGCGACCGACACGACAGCGCUCACCCUGCUAUACUUGUUCUGGGAGCUGGCGCAGAUGCCCGAGCUUCAGGAGCAGAUUCAAGACGAGCUUAGCGCUGUGCCCAUGCACGAUGGCAUGCCGGAGCAUAAGGACCUGUGGAAUCUUCCUUUGCUUAAUGCAGUCAUCAACGAGACCCUGAGGAAGCACUCUCCUGUGGUUAUGGGUCUUCUCCGCGAGGUACCCUUAGGUGGAAGAGAAAUGGAAGGUUAUUUCAUUCCAGAGAAGACCGUCGUCUCAAUGCCGUCAUAUAGUGCUCAUCGUGACCCUCGGGUAUUCCCUGAACCAGACGCCUUUAAACCAUCUCGCUGGCUCGACACGAAUGGUGGCACCGAGGAGAUGAGGAAACUUUUCAUGCCUUUUACCAAAGGUACUCGUCAAUGCUUGGGCCAAUCGAUGGCCAUGUUCGAGUUGCGCAUCAUAGCUGCCACCUUUAUCAAAAACUACGUCCUAGGCGUCAGUGAGAAGACGAAACCCAAGGACAUGGACUUUGUCGAUCACUUCAUGAUGAUACCAAAGGGAGAACACAUCUGGUUCAAUCUUGCUUCAGCUGAAAAGGUAUGAUGGCUCAUUGAAAGAGGUCGAUGUAUGAAUGGAAACGGUCUGCCACAAGGCCAAGGAAGGUUUUGUGAAGGGGAAAGGCGUCCGCUUUCUUUUCAUUGAGUAUUUCGAUGACAUUGGUAGUACUGAUGGUGAGCUCUAGAGAUUCAUUGACCGUGGCAAAUUCUCUCGUUAAUGGCAUAUCAGUAUCUAGGACAGAUGGGUGAGCUGUAUGUGUUUCAAGCAUACCCUAUAUUUAUCGGGAGUCUGGCUUGACUUUCUUCGACGUGGCAUUUACUACGAUAUUAUCAUAUUAGCCAGUUUCAAGCACUGAAGUAAACAAA